CUAUUCCUCCUGCUACUCCCUGUUCCUGUAGGUGUGUCUCUGGGCUCUGUGGCUGCCUGUCCCACUUCCCGCUCAGACUCCCGCCAGAGAAGUCACCACCCUGCAGCCUCGGUGAGCCUGAAACAGACCAGCUAAGUGCCUGCUAUGGAAGCUGCAGAUGCCUCCCAGAGCAAUGGGGCCAGCCCAGAAUCCAGGGAAGCCCGCAGCCUUCCAGUCCCCACCAGCAGUCUGGAGAAUGGGGCCAAGGCUGAUGGUAAAGUUGCCAAGACCACCAAUGGGCAUGGUGGGGAGACAGCUGAGGACAAGAGCUUAGGCAGCACCCUGAAGCCAGGUGAGGGAAAGAGCUCCCUGUUCUCCGGGAAUGAGUGGCGGCGGCCCAUCAUUCAGUUUGUGGAGUCCGUUGAUGACAAGGGCUCCAACUACUUCAGCAUGGACACUGGGGAAAGCAAGAGAUCUCCCUAUGCUGGGCUCCAGCUGGGGGCUGCCAAGAAGUCACCGGUCACCUUUGCUGAGAAGGCGGAACUUCGCAAGUCCAUCUUCUCAGAGCCGCGGAAGCCUGCCUCGCAGAUCGCAGAGCCUGGCGAUGUUCGAAGGAACAGCUACCCUCGGGCGGACACAGGCAUCCUCCUGCACUCCAAGCUAAGCUCAGAGGAGGUCCUGUGUGACUCCUGCAUUGGCAACAAACAGAAGGCUGUCAAAUCCUGCCUGGUGUGCCAGGCCUCUUUCUGUGAGCUGCACCUCAAGCCCCACCUGGAGGGUGCUGCCUUCCGUGAUCACCAGCUGCUUGAACCCAUUCGGGACUUCGAGGCCCGCAAAUGCCCCCUGCAUGGCAAGACCAUGGAGCUCUUCUGCCAGACGGACCAGACCUGCAUCUGCUACCUCUGUAUGUUCCAGGAGCACAAGAAUCACAGCACCGUGACUGUUGAAGAGGCUAAGGCCGAGAAGGAGACAGAGCUGUCACUGCAAAAGGAGCAGCUGCAGCUCAAGAUCAUUGAGAUUGAGGAUGAAGCUGAGAAGUGGCAGAAGGAGAAGGACCGCAUCAAGAGUUUCACCACCAAUGAGAAGGCCAUCUUGGAGCAGAACUUUCGGGACCUGGUGCGAGACCUGGAGAAGCAAAAGGAGGAAGUGAGUGCUGCACUAGAGCAGAGGGAGAAGGAUGCUGUGGACCAAGUGAAGGUGAUUGUGGAUGCUUUAGAUCAAAGGGCCAAGGUGCUGCAUGAGGACAAGCAGACCAGGGAGCAGCUGCACAGCAUCAGUGACUCAGUGCUGUUUCUCCAGGAAUUUGGUGCAUUGAUGAGCAGUUAUUCCCUCCCACCUCCCCUGCCCACCUAUCAUGUUCUUCUGGAGGGGGAGGGCCUAGGGCAGUCACUCGGCAACUUCAAGGACGACCUACUCAAUGUGUGCAUGCGUCACAUUGAGAAGAUGUGCAAGGCAGAUCUAAGCCGUAACUUCAUUGAAAGGAACCAUAUGGAGAACGGGGGGGACCAUCGCUACAUGAACAACUACACUAACAGCUACACAAAUGAGUGGAAUGUGCCAGACACUAUGAAGAGAUACUCCAUGUACCUCACACCAAAAGCAGGGGCUAGAACAUCAUACCAGCCAGUGUCCCCCAGCCGCCUCUCCAAGGAGAUCAGCCAGAAGAACUUCAAUAAUCUCUAUGGCACCAAAGGUAACUACACAUCCCGGGUCUGGGAGUACUCUUCCACCUUGCAGAGCUCUGAUGACCUACCUAUGGCCCAAGGCAGCUCCUCCUUCUCUCUGAAAGGCACUGAGAAAUUCCCCUAUCAGUUCACCACCUUGGGACAGGCCACCACAGAGUUUUCCAAACCAUUGGACACCAAUGGGCUGUUUAAAAAUAAUUCUGGCUAUCCCUCCCUCAUGAGGAGCCAGAGCCCCAAGGUCCAGCCCCAGACUUGGAAAUCUGGCAAGCAGACUUUGCUGCCUCAUUACCGGCCAUUCUACGUCAACAAAGGCAAUGGGACUGGGUCCAAUGAGGCCCCAUGAGUUCCUGACAGGCAGGAAUGAGGCACCACCACCCCUGCACUCCUAGCUGACGCUGCUGCUCUUGCUGCUGUUCUCAUUUGGGUUGGAAGAAGACCAGUCCUGUGCCUGCUCUCCCUGAGCCCUCUCAGGGCCAUCCUGGCCUCCCCAUACCUUCCCCAUUAACCACAGUCCACCCAGGCCACUCUCUGGUUUUGAAGCUUCUAAUUGUUACCAUUUUUGUUGUGCUCAGAAGUCACGCAUCACAGAGGUGUGAGAUAAAUGGACUUCUUUCCCUUAACCCACUAGCUCUCUCUUCAGUGGGAUUAUUGGGGCUAGCAAUGGGUGACCACAUAGCACUAGUUUGCCUUUUCUGCCCAUUCCUUUUCUGUCUUUAGGCCUGUUGACCAUUUCUCUCCAAAGACCCUUGUCCCAUUAUGCACACAGUAUAUGCCUGGCCAAGACAGUUGUUCAUCUCCCAUCCACGUGGGCCCACAUUUUUUCCCUAGCAGCAUUGCCCCAUCAGGAGAACACUGGUUGUUUGUGCCCUGCUCUGGUCCUACCUACAAUGCCCAGCCUGGCAAAACCUGCAGCUUUUGGCCACCACAGAAGGAAACAUCUCAGCAUCUUGGAAUCAUCCUUCCUAGCCUUGGGUCUCACUACAUCCACCUUGAGUCUACAGUCCCUAAGGGCAGGCUUUCCUAGUUGGUAGGAUGGCCUUAGUCAAAAUAAUCCUCUCUUCUACCUGCUGAGAUAAGCAAUUCCCUUGACAUGAUACCAGUGAAAAUAGCUUCUGGUCCAACUUUCCUGAGGAAAAUAUUAUUUAGCUAUAGAAUUUCAUUACUUUUAUAAUUUUGAAUUCUUCUGGCCAUGGGAAGUGAGCAUGACAGUGAAAGUGCGGGUGGGCUGGUAACUGCCAGUGCUGUUUAACAGGGUGCCUAAUAAACCUGCCCCACCUCCA